AUUAUGCCCGGAAUUCCACAUUUUGGUGACCCUUAAAUCAGCCAAUCAAUACCUCGGAUCUCCUGAAUUACGCUUCAACCAGCCAUACUCGGGGACUAAAAUUUUAGUCCAAUGACCAACCAACAGAUUUUAUUGAUGAGUUAUAUUUAUGAUUCGAGUCUUCACAAGGUCGACAUUUCCAAUAGAGCUUCAUAAUUAGUUAAGAUCUUAAGUUUCGCAAACAAGUUCAUGUACAUUGACAUGAACACGAGCCCUUACACUAUUCUUGCAAUAUCCUGGUGCAUAAUAUUAAAAGAUCUUCACUAAAAAUAUGACAUGCAUUUCAUAGAUCUAAUAUUAUGCAUGUAGAUUAUAUGGGAACCGAAUAAGAAAUUUUUAAAAUAAUUCUAAAAUGCUCAUGAUUUUUUACCUGGCCAUCAUGGAUAAUUUCUUCAUUUUAGAUAACUACACUCACGGGGACAUUUACAUUACUGCAACUCGUGUCAUUUUGCAUAUCUUGGCCUUGAUCGAUGAAGAGUGACAUGUACUACCUUAUCUAGGGCCACGAAAAUAUACAUUGCUCGUGAUACAUUAUACGUUUUUGAAGGUCGGAUAAUAUUUAAAGAUGAUGGAAACUGUACAGUACUAAAUUACGAACUUUAUAAGUCAAACGUAUUAGAUCAUUAUUUCGACAAUGUCAGGUUUUUCUUCAUAAUAUUGUACACGCUCAUCAUCAGGCAAUUCAGUCAGAGUGAUUACUGAGAAUCGACCAUGCCAACAGCAAACAAUAUAACGGACUGCAAUGGCGAAGCGUGCAAAUCAGGGCAACUACUCGACCAAACGGAACUGCGUGUGCUUUCUGCCUCCGGUGUACCAUCUACAAAAAAUAGGGUUGAGACACACGAUGGCGAUGAAUGUGGCAGUGACAGUCAUUUUGACCGCGGAAGAUAUGGAUGGGUCAUUGUGGCGGCUUGUUUUUUCGGACAAUUCAUCAACCCCAUCAAUCAAAGUUUUGGUCUGUUUAACAUUGCUCUGUUGCACCAAUUUGAAGCAGGCAAAGGAGAAACUGCUCUGGUUGGGUCAAUUUGUGGAGGUUUCAAUGAAGGAUGCGGGGUACUAACUGGUCUUUUGGCAAACCGAAUUGGUCACCGUUUGACGUGCAUGAUUGGUGGUGUGAUGGCGGCUGCUGGAUUUGUCAUCAGUUCGUUUGCACAGAAUUUGACCAUUCUCUACUUCUCAUAUGGAGUUCUGUUAGGAAUAGGAUUAUCAUUCCUUAACCUACCAUGUUUGGUGAUGAUGAGUUUCUACUUCAAGAAAUACCGGAACCUGGCGACAGGAGCUGCGUCCGUUGGUGCAGGGUUAGGGAGCCUCGUCCUGCCGAUUUUUAUUCACGUACUCAUUGAACACUAUUCGUGGCGAGGUGCUAUGGUGAUCAUAGCCGGCCUAAUGCUUCAAGGAUGCGUCGUCGGGAUCCUGUUAAAACCCAACAAGCAUCUAGAACACAGCUCAAAAUAUAUCGGCAAACAUGAAAAGAAACCAACUUUCGAUUUUUCGCUUUGUAGAAAGUGGACCAUGGGUGCUUGUGUAGUCAUCUUCAUUGUGUGGGGAAUCACUAGCAGCAUUUAUUUCACAACUCUACCACACAGGGUAGUUUUAUUAGGCUUUUCGACUGACCAAGCCGCUUGGUUAUUGUCAAUGACAGGAAUAGCGUCUGUCAUUUCACGAAUAUUCCAUGGAGUGCUCUUUCAUUUCAUUUCAUUGCAUCCCGAAAUAGCGUACGGGGUUGGGCAACUUGGCAUGGCACUGGGUAUCUUAGGAUUUGCCAUUGACCAUACGGAAUACUGGCUGCUUGCACUUGCAUCCGUGGUGUAUGGAUUUUCGUUUGGCUUGAUGGGUUUUGCACAUUCCCUGUUCUUUUUGAAGAUAUUUGGUCUGAAGCGGCUGAACAAUGCGAUCGGGUAUGUUAGUACGGGGGGUGGGUUAGGGACUCUUUUCGGGGCACCACUUGCAGGGCUCCUGUACGAUCACAUUGGGGAUUACCGGAUCUCACUGUUUGCUGCGAUAGGUUUAACAGUAUUUGGGAGUGCAGUGUGUAUUCCGAUACAUGUUCAUUUACGACGGCACAAAGAAUAUGAGAAAACAGUAAUAGAGUGAGAAGACAACAAAAUAACGCCCCAUUUUGGAUAAUGAAUACGGAUGAACUAUACGCCAGUGUUUAUUCUAAUUUUAUCAGAUAUAUCUCAAUCCUAGCGGUGCAAAAUCUGUAUCUAAUAGUUUGUGUUUUUUAUCAUCUCAUAUUUGAUAACAAAUAUAUCUACACGUACAUGUAAUUCAACUUGAACAAUAGGUGGAGUAUAGGGUUGGCUGGGUCGCUCUGAACACCAUAUUUUUUACUUGUCGUAUAAUUAUACAUUAUACGUCUUAUGCAAAACUUGUCUAUAUCUUUUCAAUUCCAAAUUCCUGAUAAAAUCGACAAAUCGUAGGCUUGAAGAAGAAAAAUCGACAUUCUCAUGAGUUUCAUGGAUCAAAUGCUACUUUUAGGUGGCCAUUUCUUUUGAUACGUAGGUCGAUGGUGAUGUCUCACGGUCACAUCCCGCCGGAGUGCAUGGAAUUUCGAAAAAAGUGCAUUAACACCCAGAGCAUGGGAGGUAUGCGUUGACCGUUGCGUUACCAAAUCAAGAAUACUCGUUUCUAUCAAUUCUUCAAAUGUGAAAUGACAUGCAGAAGGAAUGGUCCGCGUGUGAGUUAAUAUCUUAGUUUGCUGGCUUAUGUAAUUCAUUAUGCGCCUUUGGGUACAGUUUAUGAAAAUUACAGGAGUGAUUUGAAAUGUCAUCAGAAUUUCAGAACCGACUGUUGCCAAAUUUUUGUGACGCUAUAACGGCCAUCUUGGAUUUCAAAAUGGGCGCCAAAAAUGAUAUCUUCGAGGUAUAGGUCUCGUUAGGGAGUUUUUCCCAAAUGUACGCGAUGAUGACGUGCCCCAUUAACAGGACGUAACAUCUAUUUAAAAUGCGUUUCCAGAGUGAAUGCAUGAGGACAACCCAUUUGUGUCGUAUAUCACUGGAAACGCACAAUUCCCCUGAUUCUGCAGGAUGUUAAAUUUUGUUUCUUUAAAUAAAUCAUAAGCGUCGCAUUUGCUCCUCGCUCUGUUGACCAUCCCAAAUGGCAAUAUUGCCAAUUGGGCCGGACAAUCACGAAAAAACCCAAAUAUUACACUUUUCUUCCUGAAUAAUUCUUACAGUGACUAUUCUUCCAUGAAAGACAGUUGGUUACGCUACACAAAAAUAAAAAAAAAACGAGGGUCAACCAUUGAACUUUAAAGAUAUGUUGAAUUUUGCACAAAUCAGCGAAAAACGCACCAACUGGCACUGGACGGCAUUUCAACACGGGGCCGACGCACAUCCCAAGUUCAGUGUACACAUCCGUCGGCAACAACACUAAAAUGCGUAGUUUCUUGUUAGCCGCCUAUUGAGUAGCGCUCUUGGUUUCAGAAACUCCAAAAAAAACAUGGGGGGGGGGGGCGCGCAUGAAUAAAAAAAAAUCCCUAAUGAGACCAUACGUAAAAUAAUGUCAUUUUAUCGGCCAUUUUGAGAUCCAAGAUGGCCGCCGAAAUAUAAAUGUUGGUAUUUGAUUGGACGGGUUCAGAAUGCUGAUAAUAGGCAUUGAAAUCCAUCCUUCAUAUAUUACAAUACUCGAGAUAUAGUUUAAAAAGAAUUUUUCGAGAUAUAGGCAAAAUAGCGGCCAUUUUGAAAUCCAAGAUGGUCGCCGGAAAUUUAAUGGUGGCAUUUGCUUGGUUGGGUUCAGAAAGGUCUCACUAGCCAGUGGUGAUCAGGUCAACAUUGGUCCCCCUUAAAAAAAAAGUUCUUCAAUCUCAGGCGAUUACCAUGGAUACAGAUGAGCCUAUCAUAUCGCUAUUGCUGCAUGUUCAAAUGUCGGUGUCCUGGGUAUUUUGUGAAGAGGUAGCUCUGACGAUUAUUUGAGGAAAAUAUCAGCUUCUUCUGUGCACGUCCGCAGUGACCAGGCCUCGCAUGCUAUGUAUAGCUCAAUCGGAUGUUGACAUGAACUGGUUCCUGUCAGAGUGCACAUGUUCUCAAGGUGAGACUUCGCGGUCAAAAUGCUCAAAGAAAAGCCGCAACGACACCCUAUUUUGGUAUCAAAAUUUAAAAUUGUUAUUAUUUUGCUUUCUCAAGGUGAUAAGUAGAAGUUUAUAAAAAUAUUAUUUCACCAUCCAUGUUAAUCGUCAAGUUAUAGGGCGGCAAGGUGAAAUUUUCAAAAUUUUCAUCGAUGUACAGGGUGUCUCAUGUAUUGUGCUGCCCCCAUGUUCUCAUGACUGAAUUACUUGAUAACAAUGAAAGCUGGCCAGAUGUAUUCUAGAAGCGACAAGCUAUUCAGAAAUGUAUAGGUUUAUGUGUGAGAGUGAUAUACUGCAAGGUCGACAGCCACUUGAACAGGGGUAUGCAUGAAAUGACGUCGCGCCAUUUGUGGAGCCAGGUAGGCCCGGCCAUUGCACUGGCUAGUGAGACCUUAAUCAAAAUACCAAUAAAAGUGAAAUCAUAAAAUAUGAUAAUAAAUGUCAUUUUGAACAUCAUUUGACUUCAUCGAAUGCAUUCGGGUGGAUAAAGAUGCUUUCAUCUCAUUUCAUGGACCAAAAAGGCCUCCACAGCUGAGGUGUGUUGUUACUCGAAUUCCCUCUGAAUUCCGCUUUCUGAACGAAUUUGAAAAUGGGUGAAGUGCUGAGUUUGCUUAUGAUUUUGAAUGGAUCACCACUGGAAGCUAUUCUUGUUGGACCUGUCAUGUAGGACACCAAAAUGUUUGUAUCAAUCCAGAUUUUCAUAUUUUGUAGUAAAAAGGGGAAAUAUGAGACUGCAUGUCACCAUUAAGGUCUCACUAGCCAGUGGUGAUCAGGUCAACAUUGGUCCCCCUUAAAAAAAAAGUUCUUCAAUCUCAGGCGAUUACCAUGGAUACAGAUGAGCCUAUCAUAUCGCUAUUGCUGCAUGUUCAAAUGUCGGUGUCCUGGGUAUUUUGUGAAGAGGUAGCUCUGACGAUUAUUUGAGGAAAAUAUCAGCUUCUUCUGUGCACGUCCGCAGUGACCAGGCCUCGCAUGCUAUGUAUAGCUCAAUCGGAUGUUGACAUGAACUGGUUCCUGUCAGAGUGCACAUGUUCUCAAGGUGAGACUUCGCGGUCAAAAUGCUCAAAGAAAAGCCGCAACGACACCCUAUUUUGGUAUCAAAAUUUAAAAUUGUUAUUAUUUUGCUUUCUCAAGGUGAUAAGUAGAAGUUUAUAAAAAUAUUAUUUCACCAUCCAUGUUAAUCGUCAAGUUAUAGGGCGGCAAGGUGAAAUUUUCAAAAUUUUCAUCGAUGUACAGGGUGUCUCAUGUAUUGUGCUGCCCCCAUGUUCUCAUGACUGAAUUACUUGAUAACAAUGAAAGCUGGCCAGAUGUAUUCUAGAAGCGACAAGCUAUUCAGAAAUGUAUAGGUUUAUGUGUGAGAGUGAUAUACUGCAAGGUCGACAGCCACUUGAACAGGGGUAUGCAUGAAAUGACGUCGCGCCAUUUGUGGAGCCAGGUAGGCCCGGCCAUUGCACUGGCUAGUGAGACCUUAAUCAAAAUACCAAUAAAAGUGAAAUCAUAAAAUAUGAUAAUAAAUGUCAUUUUGAACAUCAUUUGACUUCAUCGAAUGCAUUCGGGUGGAUAAAGAUGCUUUCAUCUCAUUUCAUGGACCAAAAAGGCCUCCACAGCUGAGGUGUGUUGUUACUCGAAUUCCCUCUGAAUUCCGCUUUCUGAACGAAUUUGAAAAUGGGUGAAGUGCUGAGUUUGCUUAUGAUUUUGAAUGGAUCACCACUGGAAGCUAUUCUUGUUGGACCUGUCAUGUAGGACACCAAAAUGUUUGUAUCAAUCCAGAUUUUCAUAUUUUGUAGUAAAAAGGGGAAAUAUGAGACUGCAUGUCACCAUUAAGGUCUCACUAGCCAGUGGUGAUCAGGUCAACAUUGGUCCCCCUUAAAAAAAAAGUUCUUCAAUCUCAGGCGAUUACCAUGGAUACAGAUGAGCCUAUCAUAUCGCUAUUGCUGCAUGUUCAAAUGUCGGUGUCCUGGGUAUUUUGUGAAGAGGUAGCUCUGACGAUUAUUUGAGGAAAAUAUCAGCUUCUUCUGUGCACGUCCGCAGUGACCAGGCCUCGCAUGCUAUGUAUAGCUCAAUCGGAUGUUGACAUGAACUGGUUCCUGUCAGAGUGCACAUGUUCUCAAGGUGAGACUUCGCGGUCAAAAUGCUCAAAGAAAAGCCGCAACGACACCCUAUUUUGGUAUCAAAAUUUAAAAUUGUUAUUAUUUUGCUUUCUCAAGGUGAUAAGUAGAAGUUUAUAAAAAUAUUAUUUCACCAUCCAUGUUAAUCGUCAAGUUAUAGGGCGGCAAGGUGAAAUUUUCAAAAUUUUCAUCGAUGUACAGGGUGUCUCAUGUAUUGUGCUGCCCCCAUGUUCUCAUGACUGAAUUACUUGAUAACAAUGAAAGCUGGCCAGAUGUAUUCUAGAAGCGACAAGCUAUUCAGAAAUGUAUAGGUUUAUGUGUGAGAGUGAUAUACUGCAAGGUCGACAGCCACUUGAACAGGGGUAUGCAUGAAAUGACGUCGCGCCAUUUGUGGAGCCAGGUAGGCCCGGCCAUUGCACUGGCUAGUGAG